GGGACAAAAUAACAUCCCAUCGUAGACUUCACUUGACCCGGAGAAGGGGAGAGCUCCAUAUAUGCCUGGUCCUGGAUCUCUAGCUCCCUUGACUCCCUCAGUAAUCACCAAAUCCACUUAACUGAGCCACUCCCACUCACAUCGUCCCAGUAUCCGAACGGAACCGAUCGAGGUGUCACCACAAGGAAGUGCCGAAUCAUCCUCCGAUUCGAGAUCCCCACUUGGCCACUCGGCGUUGAGCAUGGAUCACCUGCAAGUUCACCCAGGCGCGGCGCCCGCGGGCAACGUGGAGGUGGAGAUAGGCCAGGGCCACCACCAAGCGCAAGCGGCCGUGCACCCGCAGCUGCCAACGGCGCACGGCCGCCCGGCCAUGAACCAGCAGCACCUCGGCGCGCAGGGCCCGAACACCUGGGUCGGCAACGACGCGAACACGCUGCUGGUGGUGGCCACGCUGAUCACCACGCUCACGUACCAGCUCGGCACCAACAUCCCCGGCGGGUACUGGCAGGACACCAAGAAGACGAAGGACGGCAGCGACAUGUACCUCGCCGGCGACCCCAUCAUGCGCGACCUGCACGGACGCAGGUACUGGAUGUUCAUGGCGGCGAGCUGGGUGGGGUUCGCGAGCUCCAUGGUGAUGACGCUGAGCCUGCUGGUGCGGAUGUCGGUGGACUCGCGCCACGUGCGGUGGUCCUUCGUCGUGGCUUACUCCAGCCUCGUCCUCACCUUCAUCGUGUCGCAGCCCAAGACACACCUGGCCGUCGACAUCCUCGUCUGGGCGGCCGUCCUCGCCUUCCUCUGGCUCAUCAUCAGCGUCCGCCCGGAGCACCGCACGCGCAUCGCCCAUGUCCUCUGCUGCAACCACGCCAACUAGUUAACGGAUAUCACCAUUGCAUAUUUAUACUAUAAAUAGUUUGGUGAUCGCUAGGGAAGCAGUGUGUUACUCAUAGUACCCUCCUAGUUACUCCUAGGAGUAUGUUUUUUUAUCGGAGGAACCGAGGAAGUAGUCAAGU